AAGGAAGCAGCUAAAGCCAUGACAGUGGCAGCAGGAAUUGGAUACGCUUUGUUAGCCCUUGGCCCUUCUCUCUCACUCUUCAUCGCUCUUAUCUCAAAAAAACCCUUCUUGAUUCUCACACUUCUUUCAAGUACAUUGGUAUGGCUUAUGAGUCUGAUAGUAAUGUCAGCACUUUGGAGGGCUUUCCUUCCACUGAAAAGCACAGCAUGGUGGCCGUAUGCUAUCCUCAUACUCACUUCUGUUGGUUUCCAAGAAGGACUUCGUAUUCUCUUCUGGAAAGUUUACAAGAAGCUGGAGGAUAUAUUGGAUGCAUUUGCUGACAGAGUCUCUAAACCUCGCCUCUUUAUGACGGACAAGAUGCAAAUUGCUCUUGCUGGGGGUUUGGGACAUGGUGUGGCUCAUGCUGUGUUUUUCUGCCUUGGCCUUUUGACACCUGCAUUUGGACCAGCAACAUACUAUGUAGAGAAAUGCUCAAAGAUACCCUUUUUUCUUGUUUCUGCAAUUAUAGCCCUUGCCUUUGCUACCAUUCACACUUUCUCCAUGGUUAUUGCGUUCAGUGGAUAUGAAGAAGGAAACAAAGUGGACCAGUGUUUUGCUCCUGUUGUUCACUUAAUUGCUGGAAUGUUGACACUGACGAAUCUUGCAUUUGGAGGCUGCAUGAUUGGCAUUCCACUUCUCUAUUGUGUAGCAAUUGUGACCUUGGUACAUUGCGGAAAGAUGGCAUGGAGGAGAUUGAUAGAAAGCCGAAGCAGGGAGGGAAACUUCAGCAAUAGCCAGUAAGCAAGGAUAAUAACCUUUUUUGUUAUGACUGAGAAGUGUAAGAUUAGUAAUUGCCAGAUAUGUCUGAUGCAUGGAGCAUUUGCCAAGGGUGACUCAAAGGAGAGACUAGUAAAAGCCUUCGCUUUAGGCCUCCAAAAAUAUUUCAUAGUCGACUUUAUUAUUGGCCAAAUACAUAUACGGCCACUCAAACUUUACAUGAACUUUCAUUGUAACACCUAACAUUUGCUUUGUACCUAUUGAACACCUAAUAUUGCAACAAAUUGUGUCUAUUCAA